AAAAAAACCCACCAAAAAUCUCAAAAUAAAAAGAUAUAGUAAGACUUUAAGAUUCGGUAUUGGUAUCUUUUAUUUGGGCGAAAAUAAAUGUUAAGCCGUUACACAUGUUUUUAGGAUCUGAUUACAUGUUAAAUGUGACUAUAAAUAUAAAAUGGAGGUCGGAAGAUCACGUUACAUUUAAUUUAGCGUCUCUUUCUCAUACCAUUGUUUUCUCUUCCCUUCCUUCUCUGCUUCACCAUUCGUCACUUUCUAUCCAACACUCUUUAGGAGAUCCACCAUGCUUCUUUACCAGGAUCUUCUUACCGGUGACGAGCUUUUGUCCGACUCCUUCCGCUACCAAGAACUAUUUGAAGGAUGCCUUUGGGAAGUACCAGGAAAGUGGGUUCAACAAGGGCCCGUUGAUUUUGAUAUCGGAGCCAAUCCAUCGGCUGAAGGUGGUGAGGAUGAAACUAUCGAUGAUCAAGCUGUUAGGGUUGUCGACAUUGUUGACACUUUUCGACUUCAGGAACAACCUGCUUUUGAUAAGAAACAAUUCAUUGGAUGGAUUAAGAAAUAUAUCAAACUUCUGACUGAAAAGCUGGAUGCGGAGACAGUUGAUGUCUUUAAAAAGAAUGUUGAGCCAGCAACCAAGUUUCUCUUGUCAAAGCUUAGCGACCUUCAAUUCUUUGUGGGUGAGAGCAUGGGUGACGAUGCUGCAAUUGUGUUUGCUUACUACAAGGAUGGUGCUACUAAUCCAACUUUCUUGUACUUUUCCCAUGGUUUGAAGGAAGUCAAGUGUUAAUGGCAAACCAUUCCGUCUAGGAAUAGCUUUUUUAUAUUUACAUUUUAAGUACUCACUACACUUUUCUUUUGUUGAGAAUUUUAGAUAUUAUUAUUAUUAUUAUUAUUAUUAUUAUUA